AUGGCUGACAGCCCGGUAUACACGCUAUAUCAUUUUCCCUUCUCUCUCUAUUCACUUAUGGUCCGCUUGGCUUUGGCUUUCGGAGAGAAGCUCAGCCCGGAAAAUGCUCCCCAAAUUAAGCUGAAGUUGGUCAACUUGCACCAGCAGGAGAAUCUUUCAGAAGAUUUCUUAACUCUAAACCCCAGAGGACAGGUUCCUGUCCUGGCUUCACCAGCAUUAUCUGAGCCUCUUACAGAUAGUUAUGAGAUAGCCAAGUGGCUGUCCCUGCAGCAAACAGACUUGAUCCCCGAGGAGCACAAUGUGAUCAUAACAAAGAUCAUGAACGACCUGCACGGGAUCCAUGCCCAAGCGCUGGCGCUAUCGUCAGAUAUCUGCAAGGAUGGUAUCCCUAACCAAGCAGCUGCGAUGCUGGAGAAAAACAAAUUAACGGCUUCACAUCGACGUCGCCUGGAAAUAAAGAGUAUCUUCCACGAUAAUUUGUAUAGUAACUUGUUGGAUCCAGACAGCAUCAUAUUGAUAGAAGAGAAGGUGCUCCGAUUUGUGGAUAAUGUCGGAGAUAUAAUAAAGAGCAGACCUCUAGCAGCAUUGUAUCUUUUUGGCGACAAACCAACACUGCUGGAUGCUCAUGCGGCGGCGUUCUUAGCCCACCUCAUCGACCUUCAGAGACUCGAUCUUCUGUCCAAUCCAAUCGUGAGAGACUAUGUCCUCGGGAUAACUAGUACAACCGAAUGGCAGCAUAUAACCCAGGGGUUGCGAACGGUUUCAGAUGAACCAGUCGAAACUGUUGAAGGACUGAACCUGGCCUAA